GGCGGAAGUGACAUCAUCAACGCGCGCCAGGAGUUCAGUGGGGUCGGGCCGGGUCGCCGUGGCGGGCGCCUGGACCGCCUGCGGUUUAGCUUCGUUUCCUCGCGCCACCAGUGAUCUCUGCAGUGACUCCAGCAUCUCUGUUUCCUGGUGUGUGAAGAUAACCUGAGGAAUUGGAAAAGCUGCUGAGAAGAGUGUGCUGGGGUUGCUCUAGGGAGAGACUGGAUGCUGAGACAAGUUCCAGUCCAAGGGCUUUGGGUUUUCCAAGAAGAAAACGAACAUCAUGGAUCAGAACAACAGCCUGCCACCUUAUGCUCAGGGCUUGGCCUCCCCUCAGGGUGCCAUGACUCCUGGGAUCCCCAUCUUUAGUCCAAUGAUGCCUUAUGGCACAGGACUGACCCCACAGCCUAUUCAGAACACGAGUAGUCUGUCUAUUUUGGAAGAGCAGCAAAGGCAGCAGCAGCAGCAGCAGCAGCAGCAGCAACAACAACAACAGCAGCAGCAGCAGCAGCAGCAGCAGCAGCAACAACAGCAGCAGCAGCAACAGCAGCAGCAGCAACAACAGCAGCAGGUGGCCCAGCAGUCCACGUCCCAGCAGGCAGCGCAGGUGGCCUCGGGCCAGGCCCCCCCGCUCUUCCACUCGCAGACUCUCACCACAGCACCCCUGCCGGGCACCACACCCCUGUACCCUUCCCCGCUGACGCCCAUGACCCCCAUCACGCCCGCCACGCCAGCCUCUGAGAGCUCUGGGAUUGUGCCUCAGCUGCAAAAUAUUGUGUCUACAGUGAAUCUUGGUUGUAAACUUGACUUAAAGACCAUUGCACUUCGUGCCCGAAAUGCUGAAUAUAAUCCCAAGCGGUUUGCUGCUGUAAUCAUGAGAAUAAGAGAGCCACGGACCACGGCGCUGAUUUUCAGUUCUGGGAAAAUGGUGUGCACAGGAGCCAAGAGUGAAGAGCAGUCCAGACUAGCAGCAAGAAAAUAUGCCAGAGUUGUACAGAAGUUGGGUUUCCCAGCUAAGUUCUUAGACUUCAAAAUUCAAAACAUGGUGGGGAGCUGCGACGUGAAGUUCCCUAUAAGGUUAGAAGGCCUCGUGCUUACCCACCAGCAGUUCAGUAGUUACGAGCCAGAGUUAUUUCCUGGUUUAAUCUACAGAAUGAUCAAACCCAGGAUUGUUCUCCUUAUUUUUGUUUCUGGAAAAGUUGUAUUAACAGGUGCUAAAGUCAGAGCAGAAAUUUACGAAGCGUUUGAAAACAUCUACCCUAUUCUAAAGGGAUUCAGGAAGACAACGUAAUGGCUGUCACAGACCCCGCCUCCCCCACCCCUUGUUGUUUUAAACAAAUACAUUCUGGUACCUUUAAGUGGUGAUGUUGUGAGAAGGUGGACGUGCGGUUGCAGGUGGCGGCACCAGGUGAUGCCCCUCUGUGCGCCCCCGCUGCAGGGUGCCGAGAGGGUGUCGCUUGUGCACUGAGAACACCGCGCAGUCACCGAGAGCUGCUGCUGCUGCGCUGUUUAUUUAUAUUUAGAUUCUAGACUCUGCUGUUGACAAGUUGGUUUAAGGGACAGAACUUCCAGUGUUAAAGCCACCUCUACAAUUCAUUGAACUUUUUAAUUUUUUCCCGUAAACCACAGUUUUUAUAUUUCUAUCAGAAAAGUAAAAAUCUUUUUUAAAAGUGUUGUUUUUCUAAUUUCUAACUCCCAGGGGUUAUUUCUGUGCCAGACACAUUCCUCCUCCCAGUAUUGCAGGACAGAGUAGAUGUAUUGAUGAAAACAAAUGGCUGUACAUAUUUUUCUUUCUUCAGAGUACUCUGUACAAUAAAUGCAGUUUAUAAAAGUGCUAGAUUGUUGUUA